AUGAUUACCGCACCACAGCGGCGGCUACUCGUCCUCCUAUCGACCUUCUUUUUCGUAUUCAGCGUCUUCUACUGCGUCUCGCGACUUGCAGCAUUGUCCGUUGGACCAAAAAUAGUCGAAGAACCAGACCCAGUCCCGCAAGUCGACUUGUUGAAAGCUGAUAAUCCCAUGUCCUACGGAAUGUACAAUCGACCGAGCUACGAUGGCAUCGACCUUGUCAGGAACCUACCCAGCGAAUACAUCCCAACGCCAAAGAAUGGACGGCGACUGGUCGUGGUUGGCGACAUACACGGCAUGCUCGACCCUUUCGAGAAACUGCUCAAGAAGAUCAAAUUCAACCCAGAAACCGAUCACGUUAUUGCAGUCGGCGACAUGAUCAACAAGGGCCCCAAGUCUUCUGAAGUCAUUGCUCGUCUGAUGGAGAUCAAAGCCAGCGCCGUGCGCGGAAAUCAUGAAGAUCGCGUCAUUCUCGCAUGGCGCGGCCUCAGUAGUCAACAGGGUGUUGCUGCUUACCUCGAUUCCGAAAGUGCCGCUAAACACAGAGGGGAAGGUGAGGACCUGAAAACAGCGCGCAGUCUGACUGAACCACAAAUGUCAUGGCUCAAGAGAUUGCCUGUCAUCUUGUCAGCCGAGCCUAUGGCCCUCUAUUUCGUACAUGCUGGCCUCGUUCCAGGCGUGCCUUUGCCGCAACAAGAUGCCUGGGCUGUAAUGAACAUGCGCACCUUGCGCUUUCCCCGUGAGGAGUUUCGCAGGAAGGAAAUUGAAAAGAAGCGCAAGCAAGCAGAGAAACAACGACAGAAAGAUUUGGAGAAGGCACAAGAGGCAGCAGCCUCCCUUCAGCGAAGGUCUAUCCCCGGAGCACAGGGCGAUGACUCGCAGGUCCAUGUCGCUCCUGUUAAACCUGUAGAGGUCGACCCUACAAGCACAGCAUCGUCGACUGACGAAAAUGUUGAUUUGGAACGCACCAACCCGGAUCGCGAUAUCUGGCUCCCUAUUGAUGGGCAUGAAGGCGAGCGGUGGACCAAGCUAUGGAAUAAGGAGCAAAAAAAGCUACCUGGGCAUGAGCGCCGUUCUGUUAUAUAUGGCCAUGACGCCAAGAUGGGCUACCAGGAGGAUUCUUAUACCUUUGGCCUGGACUCGGGCUGCGUCAAGGGCAAUGAUUUGACAGCAUUGGUCGUUCAGGCUAAUGAGGAAGGGGGUUGGAAACACUCUACUCACCAAGUUACGUGCAAAAAGGGUUGGUGGUGA